CAAAUGUAAUACUAACAAGGAAAUAUCAAUGCAGAAUAUCUAAAUGACAAAGCACAAUAUCAAUAACCUCCGUAAGGUGGAUAUCAAUAUCAACCUGUACAGGGGCAACCUGUAAUUGGACAACCAGUUCAACAAUAGUAUAUUCUUUAAAUUACAAUAGGUACCAAUAUAACCCCUAAUCUCAAAUACAAUAUCCUCAAUAACCCUACGCUUAAUAUGCCCAAUACCCCUAGAGAGUGUAGUAUGGAAAUGGAUAUUAAUAACAAAUGGUUGUACUUCCUUAGACUGCCCUUGUUGUCGCAGUUUAACCAAUUAAUCCUAUUGUGGUCAAGGAAAUGGCCUUAAGAUAAUACACAAGAUAGUAAGCAAUAUCAUAACACUAGUUUUUAUGGAUGCAAUUGCUGUAUUGGUGUUUUGGCCAUGAUCUUUUUAAUUAUCAGAUGUGUGGCAACAUUUCAAUAAGGAGGAGCAGAAGCAGCAGCUGGAGUCAUGUACAUUAUUUCGUAAUCAUAUUCAUAUAUUGAAGCGAUUUCUUUUUUGUCACAGGAGCCAUCUGUGGAAUAUAUUCAAUUAGUAGAUAUGUGGAAAGACUCUUAUUGCAUUAUUAAGUCCUCUUGGUCAUAGCAUUAAUCUUUGAGAUAAUAGGGUCCAUCAUCAUAUUUGCCACCUACAGUGAUAAUGAAGAUAACGAUGAUAAUGACGAUGAUGGUGAAAAGGACAAUAGGAGGAGUGUUGGGUACCAAAUAAUACUAAUCAUUAAGGCUAAUAUUUUUUAUAAUAUCCCUAAUCAUUGUCGUCGUUUGUUACGGAAUGUUUAUUAGAUAUGCUAGACAAAUCAGAUACAUGAUGAUCGAUUUGAAUGUCACAAGGGCAAAUUUAUAGAAUUAAAAUGCUUAAUAAGGACCGCUACAGAAUUAAGGAGUUGUCUAUGGAGGAGCUCCAUAAGUUUGAAUAAAUUAUCUAAAGUAUUAAUUUAAAAGGC